GCACCCCUUGUCCAGCAUGAUGCCCUGUCGUUGAAAUUUGGCAUUGAAGAACGCUUGAGCUGACACGAUCCUGUUCCAGUUGGUCUUCCAGCGGUCCAUGUUUCAUCAUGUUGCAUGCUCCGAUCAUUUGUGUUUCAUAGCCAGUUUGGCUGAGAAAAUUGGCUCCGCCUUCAGAGCCUUCGAGAGUUCUUCGGCCAGUUUGGCGUAGCAGGUUCGUGUUUCGAGCCAUGAGAUCAAUGCCAAUCCUAACGCCUUGGCAUCGUGACAUGAAGGACAAUGUGAAGAGCCGGGUGAAGGAGCAGGUGGCCGGGCGAACAGGCGCCUCUUGGGAAGAUCGCCUACAAGAGCAAAAAGCCAAGAAGGUUCAAGUGAUGAAGUCAAUUGAGAAGGAACAGAAAGAGCUCAUCAAAGCUGCAACAGAGAAAGGGAUUGAAAAGCAGCAGGUCUACUCUCCGCUCUUGACCCUCCGAUCUGCACCGAAUCUGUCGGCUGAGAAGCAAGCGCAGAGGCUUGAGGAGCGAAAACAAGACAUGUCAGAGAAAGUCCGCUCAUAUGCCAUGCAGCGCCGGGAGAUUUUGGAGAAGAUGCGUACCCGAGAGCCCCUUUUUCGGAUUGAGGAUGUCUCAACAGCCAAGGCACUUCUCGCAGAGGGCCGUAGGAAGAAGCAAGAGGAGCUUCAAAAUGAGGAGAAGAAACGAUGGGAGCACUUGGAGGAGUGUGCAAUGAAAGGAGUCCAGAAAAGGGAUGCCCUCUAUGACUUGCACAACAGCCCAUCUUUCGAUGAGCGUUUGGCGAAGGCCGUCGAGCGCAAGAAACAGGAAUUGAAGGAGCUUGAGAAAAUCCAGAAGGAGCGCAUCCGCGAUGCCAUUGAAGUUGGACACCAGAAGUCUACUUCGGUCUCUCCACUCUUGGGCGUCUUGCGGAAUCCUCCCGACAACGCUGAGAGGACACGGGAGAUCCUGGAAGAGCGCCAGCGAGUGAUGGCCAGCGUCGCCAGGGAGUACUUCCGCAAGCGGGACGACAUGCUCCAGCGUCAGCAAAACCGGACACCGCUGUUCUCGUGUGAGGCAGUGGAGGAUGCACAAUUGCAGUUGGAAGAGCAAGCCCGAAAACGCAAGAAAGAGAUGCAAGCCGAGCAGAUGAAGCAGAGACAACACAUUCAAGAGUUGCAGAACAAGGCAUUGGCUCGGCCACUAAUGAUGGAGGCAAGAUUGAACGUGAUUUGAUGGGCCGGCCACCUGUGCCAUUUUUGAUAGCUCCCGGUACCACAACAUGCCAGUGCAAUCCUCGCGAAGCGACACUGGCACCUCAUACAGCUUUGGCACAAGAUUUGUCAUCAUUUGUUUUUUGGACAGAUACCGCGUUUGCGGG